UGAUCUGCAUACACGAAUUAUAGAGUUAGUACAAGUGGAUAAAUAUUGUUUUAUAUUAGCGUGCUGUUGCUUUUUAAUUUUGAUCAAUGUAUUCAUGUUUUCGCGAGUAAUUAAAUAUUAAUUUGAAGUUUGUGUUGUAUUAUCGUGGAUAAAUUUAAAUUUUCGAUGAAAGAUCUAACGAAUAAUAAAAUACAGAUGGAAUUAAAUAAAGUUAUUUUGAAUGUUGGUGGCACGAGGCAUGAGACUUAUAAAUCUACACUUAAAAAAAUACCAGCUACUCGAUUAUCGCGGCUAACAGAAGCACUUGUUAAUUAUGAUUCAAAUUUAAAUGAAUAUUUCUUCGACAGGCAUCCCGGCGUGUUUAAUCAAGUCCUUAAUUAUUAUCGAACCGGCAAGCUUCAUUAUCCCAGUGAUGUUUGCGGUCCAUUAUUUGAAGAGGAACUUGAAUUCUGGGGUCUCGACUCUAAUCAGGUUGAGCCAUGCUGCUGGAGCACUUACAGCACUUACAAGGACACAAAGGCGACCCUUGCGAUUCUCGACAAGCUCGACGUAGAGGGUAUGAAGCUGUCCGAGCAAGAAAUAGCACAUUUGUUCGGAUAUGAGGAAGAGUACGCGCGUGGAACGUUAACACGAUGGCAACGUCUAAAGCCACGUAUUUGGGCGGUGGUAGACGAGCCUUAUUCAUCAGCAUUUGCCAAAUAUAUUGCCUGUUUAUCCAUCCUCUUCAUCUGUCUCUCAGUCCUAUCAUUCUGCCUGAAAACAAAUCACGGGGGCAGUAAUCCGCGAGCGUCUUCCGCUCGUAAAGCAUUUUAUUACAUCGAGCACGUUUGCAAUGCCUGGUUUGCUCUGGAAAUCAUCAUCAGGUGUCUCGUCAGUCCCAGCCUCAAACGGUUCGUAGUAUCCCCGGUUAAUGUAAUCGAUAUGGCAGCGACACUCAGCUUUUACACCGAACUUUUCAUGACCAAAUCAAACAUUUACCUAGAAGUUCUCUCGAUUGUCCGCGUGCUCAGACUCUUCAAAUUGACCAGGCACUCACCAGGACUGAGGAUUCUUAUCCAUACUUUCAAGGCUUCUGCAAAAGAAUUGGGACUUUUGGUCUACUUUCUUGUUCUGGGGAUCGUUGUUUUUGCCAGUCUCAUUUUUUACGCUGAGCGAUUGCAGGAAAAUCCGUCGAACGACUUCAAUAGUAUACCAGAGGGACUUUGGUGGGCACUAGUAACCAUGACGACAGUUGGCUACGGUGACGUUACACCCAAGACAUUUCCUGGGAUGUUCGUCGGCGGACUGUGUGCUCUCGCCGGGGUAUUGACUAUUGCCCUACCGGUGCCCAUUAUCGUCAGCAAUUUUUCUAUGUUCUACUCACACAGCCAGGCACGCAGUAAAUUACCCAAGCAGAGAAGAAAAAUUCUACCCGCGGAAAUUCCUCGCCGACGUAGUCAGAGGCUCAAUCAGCUCAAGAUCAACGACCAUUUCGAGACUUCUUUUGGUGACGGCACUGACCAGUCAAUUAUAUAAACGAAGAGGAGAAAUGCGAGGUCUAAGUUUAUUGAGUGAAUGCAGCCAAACAUUUCAGUAUUUUUCCUGUACCGGAUAUCAAAAUAUCAAAGAGAACAAGUGAUGCGUCUCUUUGUAGCGCAUGAGAAUGAAGUAUAAAAAGGGAAAUGUAGAAAGGAAGACGAGGAAGCGAGAUGGAUAAACCCAGAGGGGUCUAAAAAAAGAAUUGCUAAAGGAUUCAAUCGUUUCCUAGAGACAUUCUAGAUAUGAUAAAAAGAGUUAAGCAAAAAAGGAAAAAGUAGCCUGGCUGGAAGAAGAAAAAGGAGAGGGAGCUGAGUGAAAAAGAAUCGACUGACAAAUUCCGUGGUGGAUUUCUGCGUCUUUACCCCUUGGAUUCGAGAAAUGUUAACGCAAGAAGCCACGUAAAAAAGGCUUCACUCAACCUAUCACCCUCGUGUCUAUUUGUGGAUAAAAGAUCCUAGAGAUGUUUGCAAGCCGAUAUCCUUUUUAGUUUAAUACUUUUUUUAUUUAUUUUUCUCAAAGAAAGGUUCUAUUCUAUCCCAGUUCAAUUUUCAAAGUAUUGCAUUCUACUCGUUGCAUUUAAAUUAAUUUUAUUUUUUAUUAGUUGAAAAUAUUUUUUAAUACCGUGACCAGGGAUCAAGUGUUGAUAAACUUGUAGAUCCAGUAGAUUGAUAAAUUGUAAUUUUAA